AUGUGGUGGGCCCGAUGGACCUGCCUGUUUUUCUGCUUCACCAAAGUUCUCGCCGCCGACUUUAAUUAUACGCUGGCUAGACGGGCUUUUGACUUUGCUGCUGCCUCAUACGCCGACGACCCGUGGCCAUGCGCAAGGCAAUACGGCGCUGAGGUCAUGUACCGCACGGCGUUACCGUGUGACAUCUUCAGCGAUGAGUGCUGGGCCAUCGUCACCCUUGAUCCCGAGUGGCUCGUCGUGUCCUUCAGCGGUACCCGGUCUCGUCUCCAACUAAUCAUGGAGCUUAUCGAGACAAUGGGCGAACCAAAACGAAAAUUACGCGCCGGAGGGUCUGUACAGCACUAUUUCUACGUGGCUCUACAGUCCAUUUGGCCGUCGAUGGAUCAUAUUCGUAAACACCCAAAAGUGCUCUUCACCGGACAUUCCCUCGGAGGAGCUCUCUCGGCUAUAGCUGCCACCACUUUCGCCCAUCGGCACCCUUAUCUAAACGUUUCACAGUACACUUUCGGAGAGCCGCGCGUGGGAAAUGCUGAAUUCGCGAUGACGCAUGAACGUUUGAUGUACGAGUCGUUUCGCGUCGUGCAUCGCUACGACUUGGUAGCCCAUAUUCCAUAUUGCUACGAGCAUCCGUGGACACAUUCGUGCGGUCAACUGAGAAAUCAUGGACCCUGGCAUCAUGGCAAGGAGAUCUGGUUCCCCGGAAACAUGACAGCCAACGACCCAUAUCAUGUAUGCACCGGGGAUCCGUACGGUGAAGACGACAAAUGCAGCAAUUCCGUAUACCUUCACUAUGACAUCACCGACCACCGGCACUACUUUGGGCUUGACGUCAGCCAUUUCGGCGAUCUUGGCUGCCCACGGGAA